AUGGCAAUAUUGGCUUCUAAACUCCUGCCAGCAGUCAUCCUCGGGCUGCCCGGCUCGGGAAAAGGCACCGUGUGCCAGAUGAUUGCCCAGAAUUUUGGCCUGCAGCACCUCUCCAGCGGCCACUUCUUGCGGGAGAACAUCAAGGCCAACAGGGAAGUUGGUGAUAUGGCCAAGAAAUACCUAGAGAGAGCCCUUUUGGUCCCAGAUCAUGUCAUCACACGCCUGAUGCUCUCGGAGCUGGAGAGCAGGAGUGGCCAGCACUGGCUUCUGGACGGCUUUCCGAGGACACUAGUACAGGCUGAAGCUUUAGACAAAAUUUGUGACCUGGAUCUAGUGAUCACUUUGAACAUUCCGUUUGAGACGUUGAAAGAUCGGCUCAACCGUCAUUGGAUUCACCCUCCCAGCGGUAGAGUGUAUAAUAUGGACUUCAACCCGCCUCAUGUGCAUGGAAUUGAUGACAUCACUGGGGAAGCAUUAAUCCAACAAGAGGAAGAUAAGCCUGAAGCAGUUGCUGCGCGGCUAAGACGGUAUAAGGACACUGCGAAGCCAGUCAUUGAGCUAUACAAGAGACGAGGAGUGCUCCACCAGUUUUCAGGGACGGAGACUAAUAAAAUAUGGCCUUAUGUUUACACACUUUCCUCAAACAAGAUCACACCUAUUAAAUGCAGACAGGCAUUCUGAGCUUGCUCAGUGGAAGAACCAGGAAGAUGUGGUCAUUCAUUCAAUUGUGUGUAGUAUUGGUGCCGUGUCCAACUUAAAAGUUAGCUGCAACAGCUUCCAGCAUUUUUUCUAGUUUACAUG